AUGCCUACCGCACCACCCACGGCAUAUUCGCCAGGAACUACACUGACAGUGGGCUCACACGAGAUUGAAAUUAUAAAAUAUGUGUCGGAAGGAGGAUUCGCGCACGUCUACACCGUUAAAGUUGACCCUCCGAUCGCCGGCCACCCCGUGGCUUGCCUCAAGCGGGUUGCAGUGCCGGACAAGGUCUAUUUGAACCUCCUGCGCGCAGAGGUAGAGGCAAUGCAGCGACUGAAGGGCUAUUCGAACGUCGUUCAAUAUUUUGAUUCCCACGCAGAGCGUAUGAAGUCCGGGAUGGGCUACGAGGUUUUGCUACUCAUGGAGUAUUGCGCCGGCGGCGGCCUGAUAAACUUCAUGAACACCCGCUUGCGGGAUCAGCUCAAAGAGCACGAGGUCCUCAAAAUCAUGUAUGAUAUCACUCUGGGUCUCGCACACAUGCAUCAUUUACAUCCGCCACUAAUUCACCGAGACUUGAAAAUCGAAAACGUUUUGCUCACCGGAGAUGGAACGUACAAACUCUGUGAUUUCGGCUCCGUCUCACCGGUGCUGCGUGUUCCUAAAACUCCGCAGGAGUACAGGAUAUUGGACGAUGACAUUAAACACCACACGACAGUGCAGUACCGCAGCCCGGAGAUGGUGGACGUUUACUCCGGCUACCCCAUUGACGAGAAAAGCGAUAUCUGGGCACUAGGUGUAUUCCUGUACAAACUCUGCUUUUAUACUACUCCAUUCGAAAGGGAGGGCAACGCGGCUAUUCUCAAGGCGUCGUAUAUCAUCCCCCAAAAACCGCAUUAUUCGGACCGGCUAAAGAACAUGAUUCGCGUGUUGUUGCAACCUGUACCCACUCAGCGCCCCACCGCUUAUCAAGUUAUGCAAGAAAUUUGUGCAAUGAGGGAAGUUGACAACCCGCUUGCUCGCAAAGCGCGGACUCCUCCGGCUGCUUCUGUGCCGCCACAGAUUUCGGCUUCCGGGGCCCCUUCUCCAGGGCCCUCAAGUCUCCACCCAAAGACCUCGCCAGGUCCUUCGCACAAGUCAUAUCCAGGAUCUCCAACCCCGCCCACAACGGCAGCCGCUAUGCAGCCAGUGCCCGUAAUUUCGCUACAACCGCAACCACCCUACGGGGCUGCUCAGGAAAUUCUCCCCAUGCUUUCGGGGAUGCAGUUGCGACAGCAGUAUCCGCAGUCUAUGGCGGCUAUGUCCAGCAGCCAACUAGUUCCAACUGACCCGAUUCAGGCGGCCCCUGCACAACCGGUCCCUGUGCCGAUCCAGCAAACCAACCGGCACUUGUGGGCAUCGCAUGUCAACAUCAACGCACCUAUUGGCUCAGUGCCUACAUCUCCAGAACUUGUGGACAGGAGUGGAAGCUUUGAGACCAAGUUCCCUGUGUUGUCUCCAACCUCGCCAAUGCUAACUGGCACAUCGGCAUUUGACUUUUCUGAGGCAGAGGUCACUGCACGCUUCCCAUCAAUGGCAGAGUUAGAGCCCUUGGGUAGCCAGACUGUGCUGGCGCAGUCUAAAAAGCCCACUCCUAUGCCCAGUGCUCCGGUCAACAACGGUCCUCCCGUUCCCCGGCGGCCUGAGGAACUCAAAGCCAGGUUUGUGCGCGAAACAGCCCAGGCUCAAAUCAAAGCGGCUCGUGAAGAAAUGGACAAAGUGCCCCAACAGGACCAUCAGCUGCCCCUGGUUCCACCGCCUCCCACCGCCAGAUCAGUCACUCCUUUGGGCGGCGAAGAGUGGUCAUGGGAAUCUGAACAUAGAGACCAACGCCGCUCUUCAGAGGUACUCAAGCUCGAUCAACGGCGUCCCUCGGGAGAUCUCGAACGCGAGAGAGAGUAUCGGACAUCGAGAUCAUCCGGUGAAUUUGAUGGCGUGACUUCUGAGAGGCUCCGCAAGUACCGCUCGUCGAGAUCGUCUGGGGAGCUCGAGCAUGCGGUCAGAGCGCAAAACCUGUAUGCUUCUGAUUCUGAAUCGGACUCCGAGUCGGAGGUGCGGGUUUCAGAACAGGCGACCAAGCUCAAAAAGAUCAUUGGCGGGAUGACUGAGUCAACGGUUGUACUGGAGAACGACAACACGCAUGUCACUUCGAGCGUUGAUUUCCUGCGUACCUUGCGACCUCACCACCACCACGUGACUGGUCUUGUUCGCCAGAUCUCCAAGGGCGGCAAAGCUGCGCAUUCUCGGAAGAAGUCGUUGACAAACAAGCUGUUCCGCAACAGCAGCCACUCGCACCAUCGCCGAAGUCAGUACUAUGGCUCGGACGAUGAUAUAGAGGACGAUAGCAGCGGCGACGUGGUUAUAACCUCCCGACAAGCUCGGUCGUCGUCUCGAGACGGCGCAAGGAGGUCAGCAAACAGCGGGUUGUUGUUCCAAUCCGACAUGGACGGUAGUGCGACAAGCGAGGAGAUAAGCGACGGGUCGGAUUAUGAGAUUGUACGCCGCGGGUCGGCAGUGAGCGUCAACAGCGGAGCUCACAGAUACAACCAGCCUCGCAGCAGCAUUCAACAUCGGGUACACACAUAUCUCCAGAGCCAGGACCAGCAGCGGUCGCCGCGGACCGCGCAAGGCUACGGAAGGUACACGGACAGUGGCACGCACUCGGACAGCGAGGUUCUCGAGACGACCCCCCAGAGUGAGUUUGUUUCCGCGAAAAAGCAGAUGAAGAGGCGGACGCUGACCGACAACAUCCAGCGGCCGCCGCUGCCGCCCAAGGCCAACAAACCACCGCUCCGCAAACUCGAGGCUUCCUCGCGGACCAGCGACGCCGAGCGGCGGGCCAGUAAGCCUCCCAAGCCUGCGCACCUGUCUCGACAGAGUGUUGUAUACCCCUAA